AUGGCGCCUCGCAGUCGGCGCAGCGCAGCCGCAGCCGCAGCCGCUGAGGUGGCUCAAGAGGAGGAGCAGGAGCAAGAGCUUGCGCAGGAAGAAGACGAGGUUCAGGAUGGGCUUAAGAAGCUCAAGUUCAACCAGCAGCUUGUUGGCCGGCCGGGCAAGCAAGUGAGCGUGAGCGAUUUGCUGACGCGACUCAAGACGCUGCUUGACGAGCUUCGGACGAUAGAUCAAGAGGAGGCGCACAGGGAGUCGCUCAUGCCCGUCGCAGAGUCGCUGGCCCAUCAGAGUCUCCUACAGCACAAGGACAAUGGCGUGCGCGCGUGGACCGUCUGCUGCAUAGUCGACAUGCUGAAGCUGUUUGCGCCAGAUGCGCCGUAUCCUGCAUCCAAGCUUAGGGAAAUCUUCUCAGUCAUCAUCCACAAGCUGCUGCCCCUCCUCGCAGACCCCUCUCACCCAUACAACAGCCAGCACAUGUACAUCCUGCGCUCCCUGGCCGAAUGGAAGAGUAUCCUGCUCAUCAACGAGAUCCCCGGCGCCGAUCAGCUCACCUCGGCCCUCUUCACCACUUGCUUCGAUGUCUUGUCGGGCUCGUCCAAGGGCGAGGAGCUGAGCAAGAACAUAGAGUACAACAUGACCGAAGUGCUCUCCACUAUAAUAGACGAAGCGCCUGGAGUCACACAUGAUGUAGUCGACGUGAUUGUAGCCCAGUUUCUCUGGGCUGACCCCAUCACAUUAGGAACGAAUGCAAAGGGCAAGAAGACUGCCCCCAUAGACGCCAAACAAUCCACACUACGUCGCAAAGAGGCUCCACCCGCCUACAACAUGGCCAAGAAUGUCUGCAACGCGUUUCCGGAGAAGAUGGCUCGCCUCAUCGGCAAUUACUUUAGCUCCGUCAUCGUAGACUUCACCAGCUCAGGGACUACCUACAAAGGCCGCUCAAAGGAUGAUAUUGAUGAUGAUCUCCCCCAAGGCCCAUCCGAGGAUGAUCUCAAUGAGGCACACAAAGCGCAUAGGUUGCUGCGAGAGCUUUGGAAAUGCUGUCCCGGUGUCCUACAGGAGAUCAUCCCGCAUCUACAGGAUGAGCUUGCGACGGAGAACGUGCAGCUUCGACAGCUUGCGACGGAGACGUUUGGGGACAUGAUAUCAGGUAUUGGUGCGGCUGGCCCUCCGCCCCUGCCCGAGCUGGACCCAGUCGCAUAUCCAUCCCAGAGUUUGUCCCGCUCCGAGCCAGCACGACCCUUUGACUACCUCACCACCCCUGUUUCUAUCAACUCCUUUCCCACCCAAUACCCUGUUGCAUACCAUUCCUUCCUCCAGCGCAAGAACGACAAGUCCGCCGUCAUACGUGCAUCGUGGACUACCGGCAUCGGCCGCAUACUGAUGACAUCAGCCGGCGGCAUCGGUCUUGAUCUUGAAGAGGAACAGAAGCUGCUCAAAUACUUUGCCGAGUGUCUGAUCGACAGCGACGAAAAGGUACGCCUAGCGGCUGUCAAGGCCGUCGCACACUUCGAAUUCAACGACAUUGUCCGCAAGCUCGGUAGCAACGGCAGUAUGGCAGAACCCGGCUCCAUUCUUUCCAACCUUGCCGAUCGUGUCAAGGACAAGAAAAAUGUCAUUCACUCCGAGUCGAUGAGACUUCUUGGCAAAAUUUGGGGUGUGGCUGCGGGUGCCAUUGCAGAGGGUGACGACAGCAUCAAGUCACUACUUGGACCCAUUCCCUCCCGGAUACUGGAAGCUUGUUACGUCAACGACCUCGAAAUUAACCUUCAGGUUGAUUUAGCACUGUACGAUUCCUUGCUUCCGCUUGCGUAUCCACCUAUGAAGGCAAAAGCAACCCCGGCUGGGAACUCGCAGGUUGUAAAGGACAGCCAGUCCAACACUGAGCCCGGCUACACAGAAGCAGACUUGGAUAAGAUUCGAACUGAGAGGCAACUUGUACUAGUCAACGGGUUGGAGGAGAAGGCCAAGAAGGUUUUCUUUGCUAAGCAAGGCAAUCAGGGUCCCGGCGCCAAGUACAUGGAACACUUCCUCAAACUUUGUGAAGAGUAUAACGGCGGCGUCACGGACAAGGGCGACAAAGACGUCAAGGCGAAACUAGAAGGUCUCAUCACCUAUUACGCGAAGACGCUUCCCGAUUCGACUAGGGUACGAGACGAUUUGUGGAAGUUUGCCAAAGCUCACGAUCGCCGAGCAUACACUCUGAUACGAUUUGCCAUGGAUCCAUCUAGCGACUAUCGUCGUGUCUUCAGAUCAAUCAAGGAGCUACGUAAGAGGAUCGAGGAUGGACCGGGUUCUUCUCUACUUGACACACUGACCCCACUCUUGUAUCGCGUCAGCCUUCUCUGCUACAACAAGAGUCAUGUUCCAGCUGUUAUCGAGUACACCCGUACCGACGACAAGGGUCUCGGUGCUACCGCUCAUGAGCUGUUAAAAGAGAUAUCGACAAAGCAUCCCCAGGUCUUCUCUACACACGUAAAGGAUCUCUGUAAAACGCUCGAGAGUGAAGCGCCCACAGCCACAAAGCCUAACCCUCCCGGAGCUGUGGAUGAUCUCAAAGCCUGUGCUGCGUUCGCAAAGAAGUUUCCAACUGACAUCCCAAUGAACGGCAAAGACAGCCGCAAGUUGGUGCAGAGUUUCUUGAAUUUUGCCUUCUAUGGCGCUCCUCCACAGGCCGCGAAGCAUGCCAUCACCAUCAUCAUGAACAGCGAUGAUAAGAAGGAGAUGCACGCAAGAGAAAUUCUUAGCAAGAGUAUCAAAGGCUUCCAAUAUAAUGGUGCACACUGGCUCACCAAGCUGGCCGCCCUCAGUCAGCUAGUUUUGUUAGCCCAGUCUGAUUGCGAGGAUGAAAUGGACGCCAUAAUUGAAAUUGCGAUUCAGGAAGUUCUCCAGAAGCCGCAUGCGGCAAUGCCUGACGCUGACGCUGAGUGGAUGGAAAUACCUGACGAUGACAUCCAAGGCCGAUCUUGGGCGAUCAAGAUACUUGUCAACAGACUGCGCUCAUUGCCGUCUGAUGCUGCCUUCAGCGAUGCCGCAGGGAACACGUAUAAAUUACUGAACCGCUACGUGAAGAACGAUGGCGAGGGAUCCACAGACGACAGCCCUCCAGCUGCACACAAGUCUCGCCAACGACUUCUUGCAGCCAACUCCUUGCUCAAGCUGUCGUGCUACAAACGCCUCGAUCCUUUCCUGACACCCGCAGACUUCAUCCAAUUAGCCCUUGUCACACAUGACCCAUGCCCACAGGUACGCAAAGGCUUCGCCGACAAGCUAAUGAAGUAUCUCGGUCAAGGUCGGCUACCUCCUCGGUUUUACACCAUUCUCUUCUUCCUUGCGCAUGAACCGGAGAAGAAUAUCAAGAAUAGCACAAUGACGUGGAUACGCGCACGCCGUGCUGCUUUCGCUGCACGAAAGGAGACUGUACUUGAGACCGUCUUUGCGCGCCUGCUUAGUUUACUGGCUCAUCAUCCCGAUUUUGACAGGGACGACGAUACGCUGAAGCUCAUGUCAGAGUACAUUCUGUACUACUUGAAAUGCGUGGCGACCGAGGAGAACCUAUCACUCAUAUUCCAUGUGGCUCAGCGUGUCAAAGGCGUUGCUGAUAACAUUGCGCCAUCGAGACAGGCCGACGAAAAUCUAUACAUCUUGUCCGAUCUUGCACAAGCUCUCAUUCGCUCGUGGGAAGAGCAAAACAAUUGGACGAUGCAAUCGUGGCCUGGGAAAAUGAAGUUGCCAUCUGGCAUCUUCCGACCUCUUGAAAGUCACGACCGUGCACAAGAGAUUGCAAAGAAGAUAUGGAUUGGGGAGGAUUUAGUUGAAGAGUUGGACCCACUCGUCCGAAAAGCUAUUCGGAACAAGAAGCGAAAAGCCUCGGACAGUGUCGAUAAGCCGCGGAAGAAGACGAAAGGCGACAGGCCAAUCAAGGAAAAGAAGUCCAGGGCAGAGCGCACGACUAAGACGCCCAAGAAGAAGAGAAGAGCUGGCGAAGACGAAGAUGCGAGCGACGUUGAGGGUGCAGUUGCCCCGUCUAGCGGACCACGCAGAAAGAGUGAUCGCCGAAGCACUGUGCACAAGAGCUAUGUCGAGGUAUCGAGUGAUGAGGAAGAUGUUGGCGUUAGAGCUGAAGAAGGUGAAGAAGAAGAAGCGGAUGCUUCGAAAAGCGAAGGAGCAGAAGAAAAGUCUUCACCGGCUCCCGAAGACGACGUGGACAUGCGAGAUACCGAGGCGGCCGAAAAUGAGGUAGAAGCUGCCGGUGAUGCGUCGGAGCUGUCGGAUCUGGGGCAGUCCUCUGAUCCGGAACCCGCACCUGAGCCUACUACGAAGAGAAGUACGCGCAACAAGGCUGUCACUAAGAGCAAUGGGGUCAAGUCGUCCCCUGUCGUUCAAAAGCGCAAAGCUGCCGAGCCUGUUGAGGAGGCCACGCCGCCCAAGUCUACAAAGAGUGCAACAAAAGCCAAGGCGGCGAAGGCGAAGGCGAACGGUACCGCAGCAGUAGAAUCGAGUCCCACUACGAAUGGCGCCCUUCCAGUGCGACGUAGCGGACGUGCUCGUGGUUGA